GCCAAGGACAACUAACUCACUCGCUCUCUCUUCCUUCGCCUUCUUUUCGUACUGUACGUGUAUCGGGAAAAGUGGGUCUUGUUCACUUUUUGCUACCAAACAUCUCUUCUACAAACACAUCGCAAGACCCAUUCUCCGAAGUUCUCUCUGGAUACAGCGCGGAUUCAAGAUUAAGAAAAAAGCGUGAUGACUUUUUAUGCACCUUCGCGCUUUCUUUUUUUCUUCUGCCUUACAGCCUGUUCUCCAUUCUCUCCACCCCUUCCAGAUGUUAUCGACGGAUGGAGACAUUAGCCUUUCACCUUUACUGAAUUUAACUGCUACUGGAUUCCUUAACUGGAAGAGACACUAAUGUAUGUAAAAGAGGUUCAAUAGUUUUCGUCGAUUCGUGAAUAUACAACGUACGAGUACGUGAAAUUUGUAACCAUAAAACAAGAAUUAUUAUUUUUGUGUGAAAUGUGCAACUAAAGGUGAAGCAAGAAAAAGGAAUGUGCUUUAUAAUAUACUAGUUAACAAUUUUACAUGGUAACAUGCGUUUUCUUUUCGAUUAUGGACGUUAAAAGAUUCAACCAAUAUCUGCAUAUUUCUCGUACUCGAAAAGCAUGCGUUUAGCAGUGCUUUCGAUAGCUUCUUCUGCGACAGAGAUAUUGUUCAGAUUGCGAAGCGCUUGAUCCUCUUUUUUUCAAAGACAUAUGCGUAAAAACGGUUGUGGAAUUGCGUGAUUCAUCUUACUAAAAAUAACUUGCAAAAAAAUUCUUAUUCCAGACUACUAUCAGGGAUAGUACGUGUAAUGAUAGAAAUUCAUUUCAGUGUCGUGAGAUGAAAUUGCACUGGAAAAUGUGAUCUUCGCAGUCCAAAAUAUCAUCAAAUUUAAAAAUAUUCAUUUCACUAAAAACAAAGUUUUUCCGGUUAUAAAAAGGUUCAUCGUUUUGGAAGUAUUUCAGAUGCAAAAAUGAAACGCAAAACAAAAGAAGAGAAACUUUACCAAAAAUGGCGAUUAAAACCCAAGAUUACAUAAAGAUUGCCAAAAGCAGGAGCUAUAUACAAAAGAACGGUUAGACACUAUAGAAUCAUUAAGCGAAUGUUAUUAUUUUAACAAAAGACUCUACAUUACAAAAGAACGAACGUUCGUGUUCCUUUGACAAGCUGAGUACGAAGUGUUGUCUUUAAUUCACCAUCCUCAAUCCCUUGCUUAGGAUAUAUAUCAAAGUGAAACAUUUUUCGGGAACUUUGUCAGUACAUUUCAGUUGCGAGGAAAAUGGCGGUGAAUUUUUUUCCGUCGUAUUUCUGAUUUCAGUUAGACGGACAGCGACCGAAGUAGGCAUCUAUUUUCCCUAAAUUUCCUUCCUGAAGCCUGGAAGAGCCGGCCAAUUGGUUUAUUGGAGAACACUGAAAAGCGUCUUCUCCAGAGAACCAAAAAGCGGGAAGGAGACAAACAGAACGACGGAAUCAUCCAAAAUUCAGCAGCCCCAGAGUGCCGGAGGAAGCGCAGAAGCAGAAGUCGAGUCAUCAUCGGACGCGAUGACUGUCAGUUACCAGUACGACGUGGCUUCUUCCGCCUCUGGGGGCUUUAUUCGAUUGCUCUUUCGUUGGAGGGGCAGUGUCUGGAAAGUUGUGUACCGGGAGAUGCUCAUUUUCACGGUGUGCUACAUUCUGCUCACAAUUUUGUAUCAGUUCGUCCUCGCAGAUUCGCAGCAGAGGAUUUUCGAAAGAAUCGUAUAUUUCUGCUCCACUUUCAUGGAUCUUAUACCUCUCUCAUUCAUGCUGGGUUUCUACGUAUCCUUUAUCGCUGCCAGGUGGUGGAGUCAAUUCACAGCGAUUCCUUGGCCCGAUAAAUUGAUGAACAUUGUUGCAAUGUACAUACCAGGACUUGAUGAAUCCAGCAGAGUCGUACGGAGAACUUUGAUGCGUUACUUGAACCUUUCUUUAGUUCUUGUAUUGAGAUCCAUCAGCAUGGCCGUAAAGAGAAGGUUUCCCACAAAGGAACAUCUUAUCGAAGCUGGCUUCAUGACAAAAACGGAGUUGGAGAUGUUCCAGAGUGUUCCGUCGACAGAGUUCAAUACUUUCUGGAUUCCUUGCACUUGGUUCAUAAAUGUUCUCAGAGAAGCACGACAAGAAUGCAGAAUUACAGACUCAAAUGGACUCAAACUCAUUAUGGAGGAAUUGAACGAAUUCAGAUCAAAAUGUGGACUAUUGUGGGGAUAUGAUUGGAUAAGCAUUCCUUUAGUAUAUACUCAGGUUGUCACUAUGGCUACAUACGCUUUUUAUGUAGCUUGUAUGUUUGGCAGACAAAAUGUCAAUGUCAUCACUGAAAAGUCCUCUUCUCCGGAAGUUCACCGCUAUGAUUACUACAUACCAAUUUUCACGAUUCUUCAACUCAUGUUUUACAUGGGCUUAUUAAAGGUUGCAGAACAGCUGAUUAAUCCAUUUGGUGAUGACGACGAAGACUUUGAACUAAACUGGAUUAUCGACAGGCACAUGAAAGUAAGAAUAAUCGAUUUCAUUUUUAUCACAUGCCAAAUCAUUACGUGUCUGCAUGACUAUGGAAUUCCAGGAGACAUAAAA